AUCCAGUUUUGAAACAUUAGAGAUUCCAUGGAAGAAAGUGUAGAGGAUCUGUUCAACAAUUUGCCAGACGAAAUUCUUAGCAGCAUAGUUUCUUUUCUGCCAAAUGAAAAUGCACUUGAAACCAGCCUCGUAUGUACCAGGUGGAGAGACCUAUGGAACCAAGUUCUUGUUAGAUAUGGAACCACAGAGGAUAUCACUGGUGUUGUUGCUGAAUUUCUGGCUCGUUUUGAGGAACUUGAUCCAUUAAAGCAUCCCCGCAAGCUUCAAUUUCACUUUGCUGAAGACAGUGCACUCUAUGCAGCUAUUGCAACUAAUAGUAAGCUUCUUCUUGAUUUCUCAUCAGGGAAGAAAGAACUUGAAAGGCAGUAUGAACUGCAAUUCAAGCUCAAUAAACAACACAUCACCUACCAGCAUGUUCCUCCUACUUUCUUAGUCAAAACACUUUAUUUGAAAUCAGUGAGCUAUUUGGCAAGUGAUGCAGCUUCAUCCAUCAUUUCAAAUUUGGAGCAUCUUGAGAACUUGACAAUCAUUGAGUGUAGUGGAUUGCUAUCUUUGUGCAUUGAAUCCAAAUCAAAGCUUCACAAGUUAACCAUCUUAGAUUGCCUGCAGUUGAAGUCCCUCCAUCUUAGAACUUCCAAACUUAAAUCUUUCAUAUAUCGUGGACCUCUUCCUCGGAUAUUACCAGAAUCUCAUUUCAACCUGUGUGAUGCCAUGCUUGAUUUCAGACUAGGCCAAAGCUGCAGUGACUACAAGGCUCAAGAUUUCAAUGAAGCACUAUUAACAAUAAAGAAUUCUGAAGUUCUUACUUUAUGUGAAUGGACUUUUGAGGCACUGAUAUGGCCAUCAAUUUCUCUUUCGAGUGGGAACUUCAUAUUCUAUAAAUUAAGAGAGCUAAGAUGGAUUGAUAAGCAUAUGCAUGAAAACAGCAUCGAUGCCUUAGUCUCUUUCUUGAAAUUAUGCCCUGCCUUGGAGCAACUUUUUGUGACUAUUGAUCCUAAAAGUUAUUUGGCUCCACGGUCCAAUUCAUGCUUAAUUCAAGCUACUAAAUAUACAGAAUUGGAGCAUCUAAAAUUGAUAAAGUUUAUGGGAUUUACAAGUCCAGAGGAUGAAAUCUCAAUGGCAAAACAAUUAAUUCAGCUAGUCAAGGGAAAGCCUCCAAAGAUAGAGACAUCAAAAGGGAGUUGCUUGGAUGUAGUGUUUAUGCAGUGAUUUUUAUUUUUUAUG